AUGAAGACUGCUACCUUUUCUGCAAUUGUGAGCCUUGCGGUUGCUCUCACGGCAGCCGCACCUCUUGAGAAGUCAGCGAGAACUGAAGUAAACACGGUCAGCCCAGACAUCGUCAACACGGGCGACCCUUGGAUCAAGCGUGGAGAGUCUGUCAGUCCUGACAUUGUCAACACUGGUGAUCCAUGGAUCAAGAGAGAAGAGUCUGUCAGCCCGGAUAUCGUGAACACUGGCGACCCCUGGAUCAAAAGAGAAGAGUCUGUUAGCCCGGACAUUGUAAACACUGGGGACCCCUGGAUCAAGCGUACUGAGGCUGUCAGCCCGGAUAUCGUGAACACCGGCAACCCAUGGAUCAAGAAAUAG